GGCGGAGGCACCGGGCUACCAGCGGGUGCUGCAGGUGGACCUGGAGGUGAACGGGCUGGUGGUGACUCAGGGGGGACGGGAGGUGACGUGGCAGGUGGAGUACCCCCUCACCCGUACCCUGACCAGUGAGGUGCCGACUCUCAUCCGCCUGGCAUCGCAGGACCUGGGGGGCAUCGUGCCGCUGGCCAUGGACACUGAGAUCCUCAACACAGCUGUCCUCAAUGGGCGAACGGUGGCCGUGCCGGUGAAGGUAGUUACCGUAGGAACAGACGGAGCGGUCUCUGAUGUAACCGAGUCAGUGGAGUGCAAGUCAACAGAUGAGCAGGUUAUUAAGGUGUCAGAGCGAUGUGACUAUGUGUAUGUCAACGGGAAGGAGACAAGAGGAAGGACCAGGGUGAUGCUCAACUUUACGUACAGUUUCCUCAGCGCCCAGCUGGAGAUGAGCGUGUGGAUGCCCCGCCUGCCCCUCCUCAUCGAUGUGGCCGACCCCGAGCUCAGCCAGAUCAAAGGCUGGAGGGUCCCCGCUAGUACAGGCAACCGGAGGUAUGAGAGAGUCACUGACGACAGAGAGGAAGACGACGAUGCAGCUGGCGGGAGGACAGACAGCGGCUGUGUGGCGCAGUAUCAGAGCACCACCCUGCGCGUCCUCACACACUUUAUAGCAGAUACGGGAGAAGUUAAAGGGGCCACGGAGGAGGAGGGGCAGGGCCAGCAGAACUUCCUGCUGGGCAGCGACUGGCAGGUGGAGGUCACACAAAUGGUCAAGGACUCUCUGAGGGUGGAGGUCCCGAAGGUCGCACAACUGCUGGAUGGCCAAGUCCUUAUAGGACUGAGCCCUGGGAUCACCAAAAUACAGGUGCUGUCCCCUCUGACAUCAUCGGUCCUGGCUGAGAGGAGUAUCAGGGUGCUGGAUGAUAAAGUGAGUGUGACGGAGCUGGGGGUGCAGUUGGUUUCUGGACUCUCUUUGUCCCUGCAGCUCAGCCCAGGGAGCAACAGGGCCAUUGUCGCCACUGCAACCACACAGGAAGUCAUCGACUCGCUCCAACAGGAGUCCCUCAUUAGUGCUUGGCUUCAGUUCAGUGAUGGAUCCAUGACUGCUCUGGACAACUAUAACCCUUCCCAUUUUAUUCUGACUGCCACCUCUUUGGAUGAACGGGUGGUGGCGGUGCAGCGCAGUGCGGCGUGGAAGUGGCCCAUCAUUGUUGCCAAGGGGGAAGGACAGGGUUUGCUUGUGCGCGUUGAAAUGAGCCCGUCAGUGUUGUGCCAGAAGGGAAAACGACGUACUAUUUUAGCCAGUGGAAUGGCAAACAUACAGACAAGGUUUGGUCAACCGGAGGGGCAAUACAGACAACCAGGAGACCGGCGUACACGUCCAGAUCCUCCAUAUUACGGUGGAUCUAUCUCAGACAUGGAAACUGGGUUGGUCAACCGUGGCGCCACAACAAUCAAGGGCCAUGUCCCAGUGAGACCUAAUGGAGGCCGUCUAUCAGCAGACAGCGGGGCCAGGGUCCCAAACGAAUUAUCAGAAUUCCCAGACCAGGCAGAGCUGCCUCGUAGCCGCAGCACUGUGGACGACUUGUUACCUACCCGACGAGGACUGACAGACCUGGAGAUUGGGAUGUAUGCUCUGCUUGGAGUCUUCUGCCUUGCUAUCCUGGUUUUUCUCAUUAACUGCAUAUCUUAUGCAUACAAGUACCGUAGCAAGCAGCUGACCCUGGAGACCACGGAGACAAUGCCCCAUGCUCACGACUGGGUUUGGCUGGGCCAGGACGAGGGGCUCUGUCUGCAGCAGCAGCAGCAGGACGAGCUGAGCGCUACCCUAGAGGAGGGGAGUCAACUAUUGAAUGGAGGUAUCCAGCGUGGAAAUACCGGUGUGGGAGGCUGUAGUUUGAGUGGGAGGGAUCACAGAAAUGAAUCCCUUAACUCACCCACCACCAAGAGAAAGAGGGUGAAGUUCACAACCUUUUCCAAUGUCAGGUCCAGUAAUGGUUGUCCUGUGCUCAGCCCAUUAGCACUAAUGCAGACCAGUGAGAUAAAAUGGGUAUGUCCGGACAUUGAGCUCGGGGACUCAAAGGAACUUAGGGACUACAUGGACAAGCUUAAUGAGAAUGCAAUUAAGAACAUUGUAUAGGGGGUGCUGGGUGUUUUCAAUGAACUAAAGAGAAACUCACCUGAAUGCCUUCAGAAUCAGUUGGGGAUGAGGGUUGGCGGUGGGAAAAGAAAAAUGGUCGCAAAAAACUGACUGGGCCUGCUGUUGGACUGUUUACCAUGACAACAGGAUAGUGCAUUCAGCUUUUGUUGUUUCUAUGACAGUUGUCAGAAAGGGUCAUGCAACGGACCAUGACGGGACAUGAUUUGCCACAACCCCACAGCAUAGUUAUGAAGCGGAAAAUGUGAAUUUGAUAUUGUUGCUUAACUUAAAUGUACGUUUUUUGUCUUUAAUUGAGGUUCAAUUUCAGUUUUCUAUGCGCCAUGUACUUUGUUUUUCUUUAUUUACUCAUCUUGUUUUAAUGUUGUAUUUGUUGUACUUUUUUGCGCUUUGUUUAUGUUUUUUAAGAGUUGCUCUGUACCACAUGUCCGCAGUUAUAGAUUCUAGGAGAGAAGAGAUAAAAUAACUUUUUUAUUGUAUAUAAAUUCAGAGUUUGAUCUGGAGGUAUUAUAUGUAUAGUAAUAUUUUGUAAAGUGCGGUUUGGUUUGGUUUUGUUUGUAGUUUGUUUUUUUGUCUCCAGAAACCAGAUCCAUGCAUGACAUUUUUGAAGAGGAGGCAUGUGUGUCUGAUCUGAAAUGAAAGUGUGUAGAUAACUAAUACCAAUACCUCUGGAGACAUGUCAGUUUAAUAUUAUUGCGUUUUUCUUGAAGUUGGGUUUUGGGUUUGUUUCUGUAUGUUGAUUUUGGUUAAUGAUUUGUGUCAGCCCAUAAAUGUUCCCUUCUUAUGUUAAUCUUAUUAUUUAUGCGACCCCCCCCUCCCCUCCCCUCUAUUCAGUUGCAUACCUUACAGAGAGUAGACUUUUUAAACUACUACUGAUACUACAUAUUGAAAAAAAGGAAUUAAGUCGCAUUCAACACUAACGAAACAUUGAUCAUCAAGAAAAUCAAUCGACAAUCACAUAAAAAAAUGUAUGUUCAUUUACAAUGUUCCAUCAAAAUGAGUCCAGUUUACAGUUUGUAUGGUCUAGGUGGAGAUCGGUUAAUAUAGUUAACAUCUUAAAAUACUGUGUAUGACAUUUUGGAUCCCAGAUUAAUAGUCAUGUAAGUGAAUCAACAAACUUUGAAGUGAGGCCCAAUGUCUGAUCUCUUCACUCCUUUUGUCAAAUGUCAGUAUUAGUCGAGUCCAUCUUUUUCUAUCUCUGUUUUAAAAUUGGCUGCUGGACUAAUUAAAACUG